CGGUUAACCGUAGUAACUGUAACUCAGACAGGAAAAUCUCUACCAAACAUGCUUCAUCGCUUACUAUCAUAGGCUACCGCAAGGUGUGCAUGCUACCGCAGUGCGCAUUCUUCAAUUUCUGUAAGCUUGUAAAGCUAAGCUGGUAACAAGUAAACAGCACAAACUAGACUGAUAUCCACUAAGGACGCUAAACGUCCUCAAAUUACACAAGGUACCCAGACAAGAGCUGCGAAGAUAAUGUCAAAUCUGGACUCAUUUGUACAGUCGUCUCGACCACCACCAAAAGCUGUUGCUACUUCCCAAGAACUUCGUGACCGGGGUUCCAUCUUCGUAGGCAAUGUCUACCGUGCCACUUCACCAGAGGAAGCUCGAGCUGCUGUCCGCCACCAGAAGCUCGUUAUGCACGCUGAUAAACCCGCAUAUGAAAUAUCUGCAUGGAGGUGCAUGGUCUUAAAGCAUGGUAAAACGGGAUUGGAAGGCCCAGAUGAUUUCGAGCUGAAAGUCGGAAGCGAUGACGACGGGGAGCAAUGGGGCGGCAACAAAGUCCUCAAAACUAUGCAUUCAGAAGGGCUUAUCGACGCUGUUGUAAUUGUUAGCCGAUGGUACGGAGGGACCAUGCUUGGUCCCGCUCGAUUUACGCAUAUCGAAACAUGUGUUCGCGAAGUAUCUCGUACCUUCAAGCGGCUAGAAGAAAUGGAAGAAUGCAUAUCUACGCUUACCACACUUGAUGACCUACUCGCUGAUCUGCGCAGCGAACUGAACUCGAUUUCUUCCACAAGUACAGAUACCAUUCCGUUUUCAUCACCCCAAGAAUCGUCUCUCGAUACUUUGAAAAGCGCGCGCAUAGCGGAGAUUAAGAAGGCGAUUAAACCUGAUUAUUCUGCAAUGCAGAAAGACGUGGAUCUCGCAAAAGCAAGGAGGCUUAUUACUGCGAGAGAAAAUGCUAUCAAAAGCGUCAAGACUCUCUUAACGAGGAAAAAUUCAGCAGAACAUAUAUCCACCUGAUGCACAAGCUCAGAUUUUGGACCAUCUACCUUCUUGUCGGGGAUGCGCGCUACCAAUAAUACCCCCUCCCGGAUAAUUAACCUAUCCAAUGUUAAUCGACACACCAUUCACUGUUGGCUACGCAAUAAUAAAAGGCAAACAAUGUGAAAUUUAGGUCCGAUUCAGAUUACCUACGGGUCUGGGUCUCAGCACCUCUUAAAUGUGACAACAACAGACAAUAUAUAUACUCAGCAUCAGCUAUAAAUCGUGAAUUUUCUGGGUAACCUCUAUAGUCGCAUGGUCGUAUUUCUUUCAGUGCGGCAGUCCACCUUUCUAGAGAGCCAAUGCUCUUCCUACAAUAUUUCCUUUCAGCUCCCUCCGUCUUCUGCACACUUGCAUUAGGUGCUUUCGUAUUUGCUGCACCAUUUUUUCCCCUCAAAGAGCCGAGUGCUGCUGGUGCCUCUGUGAUACACCUAAAUGGAUGCUUAAAGACGUUCUUGACCAACUCAGCAUCCUCCGCAAGAAAUCUGUCUAUCCCCACUCAAUCCCUCAUCGAUCCUCGACGGGUCACUAAUGGCCUUGUAGAAGACACUGCAUACAUAUAUGCUGUCACUGCUCCGCUCGACGUCGGUGUUGUUGAUCCAAGAAAACUCAUUGGAAAUCCCUGACAACCCAGAAAGUGGCAGCCCCUUUAAGCCGCUCGUGCCGGACACC